AUGUUUGUAAUUUCUGAGUCUGAUGGCCAUGAUAAUAAAUUAGAAAAAUCUGAACUGACAUCACCAACAUUAGGAGUAAUUUAUCUUAGUAGAAUACCUCAUGGAUUUUAUGAAGAACAAAUGCGUUCAUACUUUGGUCAAUUUGGUACAGUUACAAAUUUAAAAUUAUUUAGAAAUAAAAAGACAGGAAAAUCCCAACAUUUUGCUUUUAUAGAAUUUGAAUCUAUUGAAGUUGCAGAGAUAGUAGUUGAAACAAUGGACAAUUAUCUUUUACUUAACCACAUACUUAAAUGUAAAUUGAUACCGGAGUCACAAGUUAAUCCAAAUUUAUGGAAAGGAACAAAAAAAAAAUUCAUUCCAUUAGAUUAUUUAACCUUAGCAAAAGAGAAACACAAUAGAAAAAAAACUAAAGAAGAAGUUGAUAAACAAGUUGAAAGAUUAUUAAAAAAAGAGGAAAAGAAAAGAAAAAGAUUAUUAGAUUUAGGCAUUGAUUAUGAAUUUCCUGAACCAGAACAUAAAAGAUUUAAAGAAUAA